CCCGAGUCCUCUCCAGGUUCCCGUGUUUAUUUCACGACGGCGCUGCUGGGAGGCAUUAAAAAUAAUUGGGGUUCACCUCGACUCUCAUAUGCGGUCUCCAAAACCAAGACGACGGUGCUGCAUCUGUCCUACCAAGUGCCAUGGCUAGAAAAACGGACAUCCCCUCCUCUUACUAUGGUGAACCACGCAAGUUUGACCCAAACUUCAGUGGGCCUGUCCAGAACAGGAGCUGCACUGAUGUGGUUUGCUGCGUUAUCUUUGUCAUUGUCAUCCUUGGCUACAUCGCUCUGGGUACCGUGGCCUGGAUUCAUGGUGACCCCAGGAAGGUCGUCUAUCCAACCGACAGCCACGGCCAGUUCUGCGGCCAGCAGGACACCCCCAAUGCAAACAAAGCCAUAUUAUUCUACUUCAACAUGUUGAAAUGUGCCAAUCCUGCAGUUUUAAUUAACCUCCAGUGCCCUACAACCCAGCUCUGUGUCUCCAAGUGCCCUGACAGAUUUGCCACUCUCCUGGAUGCAAGGAAUACCAAAAAUUGGGAAUAUUACAAGCAAUUCUGCAAGCCGGGCUUUGAGAUUGGCAGUAAGUCAACUGGAGAAGUCAUACGAGAUGAAGACUGCCCAUCUAUGAUUGUGCCAAGCAGACCUUUCCUUCAGCGGUGCUUCCCCGAUUUCAUUAGAAGAGAUGGAAUUCUAACUGUAGCCAAUCAGACCAUCUUCAAAGACGGCGACAAUAACAAGAGGAGCGUCAACGACCUCAAAGAUGCUGCCAUAGGUAUUGCCAGUCUGCUAAAUGCCAAAGAAGUUGGCAUGAAGAUCUUUGAGGAUUAUGCAAAUUCCUGGAUCUGGAUCCUCAUUGGUCUGGUGAUCACCAUGGUGGUCAGUUUGGUCUUCAUCAUGCUCCUGCGCUUCACUGCCGGUGUCCUACUGUGGCUUAUUAUCUUUGGUGUCAUCACUGCGGUCGGCUACGGUAUCUGGCACUGCUACUGGGAGUACAGCUCUCUGAGCGGGAAGCCAGGCUCUAAUGUCACCAUCACUGACAUUGGCUUCCACACAGACUUCAGCAUUUACCUUCAGCGCAGCCAGACGUGGCUCAUCUUCAUGAUCUCCCUUUCUGUGAUUGAGGCCGUCAUCGUCAUUAUGCUGAUAUUUCUGAGGUCGAGGCUGCGCAUCGCUAUCGCUUUACUGAAGGAGGGAAGCAAGGCCAUCAGCUACAUCAUGUCCACUCUGUUCUACCCUGUCAUCACCUUUUUCCUCCUGGCCAUCUGCAUUGCUUACUGGGCGGUCACAGCAGUCUUCUUAGCAUCAUCUGGCAAUGCAGUCUACAAGGUCACACCUGCCGACGAUAAAUGCAUGUAUGCAAACCUCACGUGCAAUCCUCAGACCUUCAACCAGUCCAAUGUUACCAAAGUGUGCCCCGGGUCGCAGUGCAUGUUCGCCUUCUACGGUGGGGAGAGUAUGUACCACCGCUACAUCUUAGUCCUCCAUCUGUGCAACCUGUUUGCGUUCCUCUGGCUGGUGAACUUCACCAUCGCCCUGGGUCAGUGCACUCUGGCCGGGGCCUUCGCCUCCUAUUACUGGGCCCUGAAGAAGCCAGACGACAUCCCUGCCUGCCCGCUGUACUCCUCAUUCAGCCGAGCCAUACGAUACCACACAGGUUCCCUGGCCUUCGGUUCUCUAAUCCUUGCUGUGGUGCAGAUGGUCCGAAUUGUUCUUGAAUACUUGGAUCACAAACUGAAAGGUUCUCAAAAUGCCUGCGCUCGAUUCUUGCUUUGCUGCCUCAAAUGCUGCUUCUGGUGCCUGGAACGUUUCAUCAAGUUUAUAAACAGAAAUGCAUACAUUAUGAUAGCAAUAUAUGGGAAGAACUUCUGCACCUCUUCCAAGGACGCUUUCUUUCUCUUGAUGAGGAAUGUUGUUCGGGUGGCUGUCCUGGACAAGGUGACAGACUUUCUGCUGUUCUUGGGAAAACUGCUUAUUUCAGGAAGUGUUGGUGUUCUAGCAUUUUUCUUCUUCUCACGUAAAAUACCAGUUUUUCAAGAGGAGGUGCCGUCACUAAAUUACUAUUGGGUCCCUCUUCUGACGGUGAUAUUUGGAUCCUACAUGAUUGCACAUGGCUUUUUUAAUGUCUACGCCAUGUGUGUGGACACAUUGUUCCUGUGCUUUUUGUGGGAUCUGGAGGUGAACGACGGCUCUCCACACCGGCCCUUCUACAUGAACAAAGCCUUGAGGAGGAUCCUCAACAAGAAGAACAGGAGGAAGUAGAGACGAGAAGGAGAAAGACUGAAGGUUAAUGCAGAAGCACGGUACAAGCCCCUGUGGCCAUAAACACUUCGCCAAACCUAAUUUAAGUGUACACAAGUUGCAUCGGUGCACUAUAACGAGAUGAGGGACUUGAGUAAUCUGAUUCCCCCACACACUAAUUUAUGGAUUUGAGAGUUUACUCCAGAUGUCCGUGCGUCUAAAAAUCUUUAAUUUGCAGGUGUACAAAGUCACACCAGGUUAUUGUAAAUGUUUUUUUAAUGUACUGUAACGUCUUUGUUUUUUGUAUGUUUUACAGCCAAAGUCAAACUACAAAUUAGGUAAUAAGUGAAUCCUGUCUUUAUGAGGCUGGUAACCUUGUUUUUGUUCGUCGUUAAUAUCUCGUAGUUGCCAGUUUUCAGCACUUGGUGGUGCCAGAAGUCACACGUGUGCUGUUGUUGAGGUGUCAGUGCACCGCUGAGUAUCCGCUCCUCACAGUCUUUGACCUCGAAGUGUCUCACAUUGAGAAUCAUAUUCACCACUUGAUGUCCACAGUUUUCAUAUUUAACUGCCAUCGCAGCUCAAAGUGCUUCACUUUAAAGUGCCUUUUUCUUAAACUCGUCACACUGAGUGACUAUAAUUUAAUAUUGCAGCUAUGUAGGUUAUAUUUAAAGACAGUUAUGUGUUUUUUAAAAUAAGUUCUUAAAGGGAUGUUUAUAGCAGCCAGACAUGGAGAUCCUUGUCUUUUCCAAAUAGCUGCUUUGGUGCAGGAGUGAAAGGGUAAAUAAGAAUAUGUUCUGUGUUUAGAGGACAUGUUUUACACUCGGCAGCAGCUUCUGUGCUCAAUGAAACCUUUUGUUUUAUGCAUGUGAUGUUUCUUUGGUUUUCACCUGCUGCUGAUACGUAUACACUAUGUGACUCAUCGACAGCUAUAAUAAGCAUUACAGUGAGUGAAACGUGCUGAUUGGUCGCUCCUAAAUUGAUACUCUGAAAAUGUUUCUCAUUAAUAUUAAACAGUCGACCUCUGUUGAUUUUAUAGGCAGCUCCCUUGAUGUUAUUAUUAUUAUUAUUAUUAUACUCCAACGCUUCGAACACAAUCAGUUUUCUCCAGCCACACUUGUGUUACUACCUACUUCUCUACUGACUAUUUUUAUGUGUUUCAGCAACAUCACAAUACAUCUAAAUAUGUGGCUAACCACAAACACAGCUAACAAGCAGAAGCAAUGUGAAAAUAUUUUUUGCUGGAACGGUUUGAUAAGUUUGUCUUGAUUUCUGAGUCAUCCGUCUGAUAUUAUAAACAGAACAUGUGACCAA